GCGAGCUGAGAAUAAGAGAGAGCAAGAGUCAAACAAUGGAGGCUGCAUUAUCAUCUUCAUCUUUAUCCUCAUCAACGCUUGAAUGGCCAGGCGGGUUCGUGUUUGAUCCACUAGACGAAGUACUAGUGACUCAUUAUCUUCAUCCCAAGGCCACGGAAAUUUCCUACUGUAAAUGCCAUGAAGUAAUCCCAGAACGCGAUCUUUACGGCACUGAAGAACCAUGGCAGAUUUGGGAGAAGAUGGAAAGAGCUAAUAACUGUAUACGAAACAAAGAAGAGAUGUUCUUCUUCACAAGAUUGAAGAGGGUCUCUUCCAAGUCCAACCGUUGCAAGAGAAGCAUCGGCAAAGGUUGUUGGAAAGGCGAUGGAAAUUCCAGCGAUAUUUUUUACUGUGUCGACCAAAACGAAAGAAAAAGAAUCGGAGUCAAAAAGACUUACCAUUAUGAGAAAAACAACGUCAAGACCGACAAGUCCAAGGCCAAGGAUGACGAAAACAACCACCGCUAUCGCUGGAUAUUGCAUGAGAUUAGCCUUGAUGAGUCUUUACUACAACACGCUAAGACAGGAGAUCUGGUGAUUUGUAGACUUAGAAGACAUUCUAAAAAAGAAGAGAGUGUGUCAAGUCAGAGUAUAACUGUGAUAGAUCAUACUACAAAUCUGUUAAAUCAGACUAUAAGUAUACCAGAUCAUACUCUAGAUCAGACUACAAACAUGUCUAAUCAGAUUUCAAAUGGACCAGAUCAAAUAGGAGAAUAUUGGUUGAACCAUCAAAAUCUAAGUACAAAUAUGUCAAAUCAAAUACGAGAAUAUUGGUUAGAUUAUUCGAUGACAGAUUUAGGAGAAAUAACAAUUAAUGGGAUUCAUAAAACUUGA